AUGGUUGAAUUCCUGGAUUCGUCAUUGUUCUCCAUCUUCGAGGGGAUCUACUUCGUCCUCGUGGCCAGCCUCGGCAUCCCCACCAACCUGCUGUCCAUCUUUGUGUUGUGUUUCCGGCCCUGCGGUAUAUCAAAGUCCACAGUCAUUUACCUGGUGUCCCUGGCUGUGGUAGACACCCUGUUCCUGGUGCUGGGGGGGCUUGUGGAUGUGAUUGAGAGCUGGUUACACCCACAGCUUUCCUACCAGAGUGCCUUGCUCUGUGGCUCCAUCACCUUCAACGAGUACUGGACCCUCUUCAGCUCCCAGUGGAUUGUGACUGCCUUCACGCUGGAGCGCUACCUGGUGCUGCGCAAUGGCACCUUGCGUCGCUGCUUCUCCCGGCCACACGUGGCCCUCUCCUUGGUGUUGACCACUGUCCUGGUCUCCCAGGUGGUCAGCAUUCCCUGCUAUUGGCUGUACGAGGCCUGGCCUGGUGGAGGAGUGGAACCUGGCCUGCCGACCAACUUCAGCCAGCAGCCCAUUACCUACCGCUGCCUGUUCCAGAGCACCCCCAGCUCCAGAGCCAUGGUGUGGGUGCAUAUUAUCAUCUCCGGCCUCCUGCCCAUGGGCCUCACCUUGUCCUUCAGUGUGCUGAUUACCCUGCAGUUCAAGAGGAAGGCCCGCGUGUUUGUGGAGAGUGUCCAUAGCGCCAUGUUCCGCCUGACCCGAACCAGGCUGCGGCGAUCCAGCAAUAUCCAGAUCACGGUGGCGGUGACCACCGUGUGCCUGACUCUACCACGUUACGUCACGUACAGCCUACUUGACGCCAGCACAAGUCUAACGGCCCAAGAAAGGGAUAACCAAGCGGAUCCGCUCAACACCGCCGCCGAUGUGGGCCUCAUGCUGCAGUGGCUCAGCCUGGUCAUCCAUUUCUGCCUCUUCUGCUGUGUGUCUUCCGGGUUCCGCCGAGAGAGCCUGACCCUGCUAAGAUGCCAGGGCUGUCCAGGCGAACUCGGCAGGAUCAAGCCGUGGUUGACACGGAGACAGUGCCAGUCUCAUGCCAGCUCCUUCAGUGAAGCACAAGCCCCAUCCACGCAACCAGACACACCAUGUGUCAUCUGGUUGGUCCAAGAGGCUAACUGA